AUGGCGCGCUUCGAGUUCGAGGUUUCUCCACCUCCCAAGCUUCCUGUGAUUCUUAUGAGGAUUAAUUUCGAUCACGCCAGCCACCUUGAAUCAAAUAGUGCUAAUAGUGGUAACCAUGCUGAUGACUCUUCAGAGUCCAGCUCAUCCUCUUUACUUACAGACAAAGAAAGUAUACACCCAGAAACUCCGGAAGAGUCGGGAGCUUUGGAAGUUCAGGUCCAGCAGGAAGAACCCGUGGUUAAUCCUGUUGGGCCAAGUGAGCAGCUUCAACAACGCCCCACUCAGGAGCUUCAACAACGCCCCACUCAGGAACCAAGAGUUCCUUCUCCCGCCAUAUCCGUUGUUGAUCAACCACAGGGAUUGAGGAUUCGCGAAUGGGUGGGUCAGAGAUCCCAGAAUAAUGGUACACCAUCCAGCGACGUUUGA